UCUAGACUUGUAUAUUACUAAAAAAAGUAAAGUACCUAACUAAAGUCGUUAAAGUGUCAACAUUUUAAUCGAACUUUAAACAUUUUGCUUGUCGUAGACUUGAAUAUGUUUGCUCCGUGUUUACUGUUGUUUAUUUUGGGUUCCAUUAAUGCUGACGAAGCACCUUUACAUUGCGACUUCGACCAUACACUCUGCGGUUGGUGGAAUGACGAAAAUGCUGGCGCUAAAUGGACUAACCAUUUAAAUGUUAAAGGGAUCUUCGCCAAUAUUGUUCACGGCAGAAACAUGGCACGCCUAAUCUCUCCCAUUUACGACCAUGGCUUAGUGGAGGAUGGCUGUUUCUACUUGGAUUGCGGUUUUUAUAUUAGCGAUAUAGCAUUCAGAGUCUACCAAGUCCCGGUGUCACUUGGAGUGACCGGAUUAUUGACGUCAACCGAAGAGAUAAAAAGAAAAUAUAUUAUACAUGAAGCAGAACGUGUUAACGUGACCAGCAUUAGCACGGUGUAUCUAUAUCCCGUCUCAAUGUUUCAUCCAGGAUAUACAGAAAACUUCCAGAUCGUAAUCGAAGCUUCCUGUGAAAAGGGAAUCAUCUUUAUAAAUGAAGUAGAAAUAUUUCGAGGAAGGAAGUGCAUUGAAGCAGCCAACGCAUCUGUUACCCCUCCACCUGGUACUACUCAAACAUAUUAUACGAACCGAAACAAUAACCUGCAAACGGUUACAACAUCGCCGAACACAACAACAACGUAGUCAAGUCAUCAGCUCCGCCGGCAAUAACAACGUUCUUUCCUUUAUUUAUUUUCCAAACCAUUUAAUAAUUUCUACAAGUAACAAUUGUGUUACAUUUGUGGUUGUGGUGUUAAUUAACCUUUGAUAAUUACUAAAUAAAAAUUUUAAUAAAAAAAUACAACCGACUUCAAAACCUAAAAACGUACCCACUAAACUAAAAAGUGAAAAAUAACUUCAUAAUAUGUUCUACCUGCUGAUCAGUAUGAAGGCGGUGCUAAGCCGGUGAUGUAUUAAUUCAAGCCAUCUGAGAAUAUUUUAUAGCUUUAGAGUUUGCAGACAGUUUUGUUUCAUGUGGUCCUGUCAGAAAUGGCUUAAAUUAAGACAACACUGGCUAAGCACCGCCGUCAUACUGAUCAGCAGGUAGAACAUAUUAUGAUGUUAUUUAAAAAAAAAAAAAUACCGACCGAAUUGAGAACCUCCUCCUUUUUGAAGUCGGUUAAAAAUACAUUUUUAUUAAUAUUAAUAAGAUUAUAUUUGUGAGAUGUAUAUAUAGAAUAUACAACAUGUGCCCUUUUCGAAAUUUGCAUAUUCAAAUAAAUAAUUAAGGUACUGUUACACAUACUCUAACUCUAAAAUAGCAUGCUAAAAACGUGCUAUUAAGUAUGCUCCACGCGAGCAUGCUUAUAGUUUACAUUUGCUAGCAAUAAGCAUGCUAUUUAUAAGUAUGCUCCUGAAUAAUUGCUCAAAGCAAACAUUCUAAUUAAACAUGCUAAUUUGUAUCUAUCGCUUUCUGUCUAUAGUAUCGUGUUAGACAGAAGAGAGACUGAUCUACUAGCAUACCCAAUAAUCUGUUCAGACGCGCUUAAAGCACGCCAAUUUCUAUCCGCGCAGCAAGUAGCAUGCUCAUAAAUCGCACGACUGUUGAUUUUUAAGCAUGCUCGAAAUAAGCAUGCUCAUUAUUAGCAAUGUUUUAUUUUUUAUUUUAUUUUAUUGAGGGCUUACAAACAACAUCAUAGUACAUAAUAGUAAUAUAAAUAAAAAUUAUAACUAUGACACCAGCUUCGGAAACCACAGAUUACAAUACUAUAAAGUAGACUCCUAAAUAUCUUACCUAAAAUUAUUACAAACAAAUUUUGAAAAAAUUAGAAUGAAAAGUGAAUAAAAAAAAAUAGAUGAAAGAAAAGACUAAAGACUAAAUUAUUAAUUAACUAAUAGCUAUAAACUCUGUAAGCGUUUUAUAACCAACCUCUUGAAGAUACCUACACGUGUAGAAAAAAUAUCAAUAUUAUUGAAGCACUCAUUGUAAGAUUGCGUCAUUCUAUAUAAUGGAGAACGUUUGCCCGCAUUUGUACGGCAGUUGGUGGUAGCAAAGAGCUGAUGCGUUCGAACACUUCGCAUUCGAGCCCUGAGUGGUACUUUGUAACAAAUUUUGCGCGUUAGGGCUACACAAUCGUACUUUUCGGACUACUACACAAACGUUUAAACUCAUUAGUUUUAUGAAAAGGGGAAUGUCCACCAGCCCAUACAACGUCGGCCCAAGAAACCCAGUUACGCCCCCCCAUAAAAGUAUAUGGAGAUGAUAAUAUGAUGUAAAAAUAAGAAUUUGGUUAAAUAAUUUUUUUUUAUAAAAGUUUGCUAGAUAUAGAAAAAAAUACUUUAUUUUAUCACUCUCACUGCUCAAAAAGUACACCGGAGAUGAAGUAACAUUAAAGCUGUAGAUGAAUAGAUUUAUUGUUUCUAAGUGUCUAGUUAAUUAAUAUAUCUUAAUUAUUACCUCG